UGGGCAUAGCCGAGGGGGGGGCGGAGGGGGGCAGCUGCUCCCACUAGAUCAAGUAAAACAAAAGAAAUCUUUAACUAAUGGACCAAUCACGUCAGUUCUACCCCCCCCAUAAAAGUCCUGCCACCCCACAACAAAAAUCCUGGCUACCCCCAUGCCCAGAUCUGUGACAUUGCCCAUGACCAUGAGACUCUGAAGCAUGGCCAGAUUAAGAUUUGAUGAGGCCCUAAGCUAUUGAAGAGAAUAGGGCCCUUUAUAUGUCCAGCUGUCCUUUGUCAACAACAAAUUGUCGCUUUUUUUGUAUUGAAUGUAUGCUAUUUGGUAGUUUAAGGACCUAACAGACAUCUACAGCCAUUGGCACAUAACAAAUAGGAGCCUACUCAACACAAAACACUGUUGCUGUAUGUAGGUUUUAUUUCAUUCAUUUUUUAUCUUAUUUUUGGAAAUGCACAUCCAGUUUUUCCCCUUUAAUUUUUUGGGGGGGCCCCGAAGAGAGUGGGGCCCUAAGCUAUAGUUUGUUUAGCUUAUACAGUAAAUCCAGCACUGCUCUGAGGUGGUAAUAUUAAGAACGAAUAAACUAGGGGGGGGAAAUUAUAUUGAUAAGGAGACCCUGAAGCGGUAAUAAUAACAAUAAUUGGGGGAAUUAAGCGAGUGUGUGGGAAUCAACAUUGGCGAAGAGCAUCUGAGGCGGCGUCGAAUCCGCAGUUGCCGAGCGAGCAGCUGAGGCGGGAAAAAGAGGCGGGAAAGAGCAACUCCCCCCUCCCUCCCUCGUCCCGCCCUCGCGCCGCGUCGCCAAGAUGGCGGCUCCGAGCAAGCAGUGAGUGUGGGGGAGGGGGGCGAAGGGGCCGCGGAGCUGAGGGGGAACCAGGAUGGGGGUUUGGGGUUUGGGUGGAGAGGGAACCGAAGGGCAGGAGCCGCGGGGUCGGGGUGGGAAUAGGGGCAGGAAAAGGCAGGGGCGGCGUGGAGGAGAAACGGAGCCGGGAGAGGGGAAACCCCCGGCCUGGGUCCGUGUGCGUCGAAACUGACAAGACCCAGGAAGGGACCGAGGCGGUUUUAUUUUAUUUUCCGAGGAGGGGGCACCACCUGCCGGGAGGGAGGCCAAGGCGGCAGUGAGGUCGUGGUGGGGGCUGAGGGGGGGCAUGAGGAGGAGGCAAGUAGGGCCGGAAGAUGGGGCUGAGGUAAUUUCGGGGUGGCCGAGAGAGAGGAGGCGGGACUGAGGCGAUUUUUCGGGGAGGGCGAGGCGGGUCUGAUCCAGAAGUGGGGAUUUGGGGGGAAACGAUGAGGAACAAGGCUCCCCUCCCAAUUAUUUAUCAUUAUUUAUUGCAUUUCCGUUACACCUUUCCCUCCCAAGUUGCUCAAGGUGGUGAACAUUCAUUAAUCCCCCCUGUGAGGUAGGUUAGGCUGAGCAGCAAUGGCCGGGUGGAGGGGUCAAACUGUCGUCGCUCCCAGAUGUUGGUCUGACCCUCUAACACAGCUUUUCUCAGCCCCAGAUGUCCUUAAACUACAGCUCCCAUCGUCCCCUACCGCUAGUCAUGCUGGUUAGGAAUGAUGGGAGUUGUAGUCCAACAACAAUGUGGGACCCAAGGUUGAGAAAGGCUGGUCUGACCACUACGCCACACUGUGUGUGAUUUCCUCCCUGCCCCCAAGACUCAACCCUACAGGAGCGUGGGUUGCACUGGUGUUAUUUAUUUAUUGCAUUUAUAUCCCACCUUUCUCUCCCACCUCAAGGUGGUGUACAUGAUUCUAUGUGCCUUCCCAUUUAAAUGCCAUGAGGCAGGUUAGGCUGAAAGACAGGGACUGGCCAAAGGUCACCCAGCGAGCUUCUUUGGUGGAGUGGAGAUUUGACUGUGUCUCCCCUAGGCCUAGUCUUGACACUUUUAACUCAGGCUUUCCCCCAUCUGGUGCCCUCCAGCCCCAGCAUUGUACUGGUGUGAUGGGUUGGGCUGAUGGGAGUUAGAGUCCGAAACAUCUACACUCUGCAGUGUGUCAAGUUUGGGAAUGUGACUUUAACCACUAUGUCACACUGUUGCUAGCUGGGAAAAAGAAGCUGCCUCCUCCAUUAAUGGCAGUUCUUAAAAGUACUUUAUUAUUUUUGAUGCAAGCACUUAAACUGCAGUUGGCAGGCACUGUUUUAAAAGAAGCAUCUUUCUUUCUCUAACACAGAGAUGAUGCCUCUUCCCAAAUGGCACCUGUUGUAACUCUUGCGGAUUCUCUCAAAACAGAGAUGCUUCUGACCCACUUGUAUGCUUUUUCCUUCAAAAAUACUGUUUUAUCCACUUCAUUACUUUGAUCUAAUAAUUUUUUUGUAUUUUUAUAUUAAUAAGUUAUAGCCUUUUGUGGCACCCUCAGUGUGGCUAAAACAUUGAUCCAAUAUAAGAAUAUGAAAAUAAUGUAAAGAGAAGGCAAAUAAAUUAUUAACAGCAGAUACAAGAAUCCAGAUUACUUGACCCAGUAUGAAUGGCCAACAUAUUUUGUUUGAUUUAUAAAAGCAGAAAGAACACUCACCAUGUCUCCUUGCCUAAUUUCCUUAAUUAAAUGGCAUCAUGUUUCACAUAAUUACAAACAUAACAAAAGUAAUCAUAAACAAUAAAUAAAACAUAAGAAGUACAUGACCAAAUUGAACAAUUUCCAUAUAACUCAUAACAUUAAAAAAAUAAAGAUACAAAAAAUUAACAUAAACAACAGCCACAAUUCUCCAGCCCAAGAGUCUGUUCAGCAGCCUCAGCUUUGGUAGCUGCAGUCAGUUAGUCAAGGCCCUGUUUUCCAUGCUGUCAGCAAAGCUAGUGCUGUUUUGUGUUUCUUCUUUACAUUUCUGACUUUGCUGAAAAAUACAUUACUAAGAUUACUGAACAUAUAUUCAAUAUUCAUUUUUCUCUCCACAGAUAUGGACUUAUAUUUCCCAAGAAAGCGCAGCAGAAAACCUUUGUCAAACAUGCAGUGUUUAUGGAUGACUCAGAUGAUGAGGUUAGUUUUUUGUUGUGCUUUGUUUCAUUUAUUAUGUUUGUAAGAGGACGAAGUCCAAGAUAUAUAUGGAGGCUUCUAAUGCAGUUUUCAAAAAUUCCAGUUAAAACUAAAUUUAAAUUUAUUUAAACCAACUAAAAUACAGGUUCAAAAUCACUGUAGCAGCAGAUCAGUAAACCAGCCUAGUAUUCUACCAAGCAUUCUGGGAGUAAUGUCAUUUGAACUCAGUUGUGACCUACUUUUGGGUAGACCUGCAUAGCUAUAUGUUGUUGAACAGCCUAGCCAGCCUGCUGAAUUCUUUCUGAAUGAGGAAGGAUUUAUCUACCGCCUUAAAGGCCUUUUAAAAAGUGGGCUAUUCAGGUGUCUCUUGGGAUGGAGUUACCUAAAGACAAAUUACAAGUACUGUAGAGAGAAGAUGCUACUCCUUGUGUCUGUCAGACGAAUCUGAGAAAGCGUUUGGCUCAGAAGUCUCAUCUGACAAUGUGAUCCCAGUAUACACAGGGGAUAUGGGCCUACCUUAUAAUUUAACUUUAAAAUAACCCCCCUGUAGUAUAAGUUGUUUUUCCAGUAGAGGGUGCUGCAUGCCAUAGAACCAUCAUUUAAGUAUCUGUUUCUAUUAUUCUUUGUGAGAAAAUUAUUUGCAAGCAGUGUGGAAGGACUACGUAGUCUAUAAAUAGGCUUAAUUCUCAUAGAUGAAGGAUCAGUAUUGCUGCUUUCAGGAUGUUUCACAACCUAAGUUCUUAUCAGUAUGUUAAAUAUACUUUGAUCUUAGCAGCAGGAAUAGUAAUUUAAAUUCAGUGGAAAACUGGACACUUGGUAUCACUCACUCUGGAAUACAUCUAUAAUUAAGAAUAUUACACCUAGAAUCAUAGAAUUGUAAGUUGCAGUGGACCCCGUGGGUCAUCUAGUCCAACCCCCUGCAAUACAGGAAUCCUCUAUACAGCCAUCCCUGAGUGAACCACCAGCCUUCUGGUUAACAGCCAGAUGCACUGACCCAUUAUGUCACCCUUUGUAUAAUUGGAGAUUUCAACAGGGACUAGAACAUCAAGGCACUUUUUAUAUGAUUUGGCAGUCUUCUAUGGCAUAUACAGCAGAGCCAUCAUUUUCAAAACAAACUUUGCUACAAGCCUGGCAAAUCUGGAACGAUACUUGAUAAUCAGAUAACAAUGAAAGUUUUUACUUUGGCUUUGUUAUUUUAACCCAUGUGCAACUGUACUCAUUCUGCGUGCCAGUUUUCUAAUUUUAUAGUUUUGUUUUUCAUCUUUUAACUUUUCUGUUAGACUGUUUUAAAUACAUUAUACAAUAAAAAACUUUACAAAAAUAUGUUAAAGAUACAGGUGCUAUAAUUUAAACUUUUGAUUGGUUUAUAGCAAUUAACAUUAUAAUACAUAAGAAGUCAAUUAGUGCUGUAUAUAUAAAAAGCCAGUUACUGGAUUUGGUUUGCUUUGUCACAUUUAGGUGUGACGUAGAAGAGCCUUGGAGCAGGACUGUAACUCAACAAUAGAGCAUAUGUGUUGCUUGCAGAAGGUCUCAGGUUCAAUCUCCAGCAUUUUGAAUUAGAUCUGGGAAAGACCUGUGUCUGAAACUCUGGGGAGUUGCUGCCUGUCAGUGUUAUCAGUAUUGAGCUAGAUGGACCAAUGAUCUAAUCCAGGUUGAAGCAACUCCCUAUCGCAUAGAAACAAAACCCAGGGCAAAGCUAUAAGGAUGGGAUGUUUUCUGAUCCCUAUGGCUGUUCUGAAUCGUUGGCCCAAAGGAGGGCUCAUGAGAGUAGGCGGAAGCAGGAAUACCAAAGAAGGAUGUCAAAAGCAGCAGAAUGGCCAAUUCUAGUGCUUUAUUAAAGAAGGCGUAGACUUACAGCAAAGUAGCCUGCCAGUUCAUCUAGGCUUUUUAGACACAGGACAGACACUGCAACAAGGAGAUGGCUUGUUUGCACCUAAGCAAACAUGCAUAUGUUCUUUAUACUAAUGAAUAGAAUAAAUAAAUAAAAUAAAAUAUACACAAAGCAGCAUACAUCAUUUCACCUAACUAGAUGAAGGCAUAGGUGGCAAAUUCCCAAAUCUUAUAGUUCCCCUUUCUGGGCUUAGCCCAGCGUCCCAAGCCCACAGAUAAGGAUAGCAUCAAAGUAAGCCAAUUAGCUUAUAUCAAAGCAAGUGAGCUCAUUGCUAAAACAACUAUCAAAUAUUUGUGGGGUUAUCUUGACUACCAAGAUGGCGUUUUUAGCAAAGCUUCUGGAACAGUUCACCUUUGGUUCAACACAAUGGGUAAAAGGAAACAAGCUGUUUCUUUGGGACCCUCAGGGGUACCCCAGACCUUUCCCCUGCAUUUUUAACUUUCAUUUAAAAAUAAAUGAAGUCACUAGCCCUUUUAAUGAUGCCGAUCUGAAGAAAAAUCAGCAGGCAAUAUUCUUAGUUGCAAAACUUUAUAACAUUAAGCUCAGUAGACGAAUUGUUUAGAAUUUUCUUAUUGACAUUCAGUGCCUUCCCAGAGUAUCCUUAGGUCCCCCACUUUCCCCCGUACACUCUAUUUCUGCUCUUGCCCACGCCUGAUCUUCUCUUAACUAAUGAGAAAUAGGCAAUGAUUUACUAACUUCUAGUCUAAUGUACUAUUUAAAGAGAAGAAAAAUAUGCAUCAUCACUGGUUUUAAUGGGUGGUUGACAAUUGGCUUUUCACACACACAAAAAAAUUGAUUAUGAUUUUUUUUCAAACAGAUUCUCUCAUCUGCAAAUAGAGUGUACAGAGGGGAAUGAUAGCCUCUUUAUAUUGUCCCUUUGAUCUGGCAUGACGGGUGAUGGGGGGAAGCAUCUUACAGAACUCCCCAUGUUAUUUCACAGCCCACAAAGUAGGUAAUAAAUCCAGCGACUGCCUUUAUCAUCAACCAAAAAAUAAGAUCAUUUUUAAAAAAACAAAAUUACUUUAUUAGUUUAGUAAUAAUUUUAGGCCUUUCCGAGAUAAGGAGCUGCAUUUGGGAGGGGUUUCAUUUCCUGGCUGCUUCCAUAUCAGCAAAAACUACGCCUUGCGUGUCUGAAGAUGGUGUAUUUAUAACUGAACUCUAAUAAAGUCCAUGCCAGCAAACCUGCACACCUGACUUGGCCAUGGUGAUCAUAUAUUAGAUAGAAAACUUUUGUUCCGUUAAAAAAAUGUUACUAUGCAUAUUUCAUUAAGAUUUUCUUUGCUGUAUUGAGAGGUUGUUUAAUCUUUCUCUUAUAAUUUCCAAGUUAUACAGCGAAGUGAAUGUGUAUGAGUAUGCAUGGAGAACAGGACUGGUUUUAGGGCCGAUGCUGUAUUAGGCUUAAAGGAGGUAAAGUAAUGUUCUGGGUUUAAAAAAAAUAUUUAUUUGGUGCCAUCAGCAUGUCUGUUGCUUUCUGUAAACUCCAUGGAGUUUUCUUUUCUUUUACAAUCAAGGAGUGUAUGAAUUAUUUGAAAGAUAUAUUUACGUAGUACAAGAGGGCAGAUACCUGUCCCAAGGAGCUUCCAGACUAAAAUUUGACGCAGAGGAAACAAAGGAGGAAUGGGAAGGAAAUGUAGGCAGGGGGUACUUAGAGAGAUGGAAAAAGUGAGUGUUAAGGAAAGUUUCAAUGGAAAUUAGAGACAGAACAUCACUCAGGUGGUUACAGAGGCAAUUCCAAUCUUAAUGUGCAGUAAAAAGUAAAUAUUGAAGAAGCAGAAGGACUUUAGCCAGCUGAAGUUGUUGAAAAAUGGGGUUUUGUAGAACUCUGGAGCAGGGCACCCCUCUUCCUCUUCUCUGCAGCCUCAGGGGGUGUCAGGAGUCUGUUGCUUCAAACCCUGUUUAGUCAAACAAGAAAAGGUAGUACAGUGUCCUGUUUGCAGUUUUACAGUUCUACAAGUUAAAAGGAGCUCAUUGGAUGCUAUCAUUCACAAAGAAUGCUGUGAACAUUUUGUGACAAACCUUGUGCUUCUGAUGCUAAAUAUAUUGUUAACUAGUAAUAAAAGCAAUAUGUGGAGUUUCACCCACCCAUUUAAGACAGAGUUUAACUCUUAAAAAAGAAAAGAAAGAUCAAGAGUUAUUAAAGCCUGCUGCUCUGUGUAGCUUUAAUGGAAGAGAGGUCAGCAUAUCCAAUAUUUCUGUGAACCUUCAUUUCCUUCACUCUAAUCCAGAAGCCAACACACACCUUGAUGUGUUGCCAAUCUGUUUCAUGUGACAGUUGAAUCCAAAAUGGUCUGUUUGGUCCAGCCACUCUGACUGAGACUACAAUGAUAAGUGAUAUAUAAAUAGUUGAAAUACUUUUUUAAAAUGUGCAGUCUUCCUUAUUUCAGGAGCAGAACAACCCUAUAAUAUAUUUUUUUAUCUGAUCCACAAGAUAAAGAGGGAGUGAUGCUCUUCAUCCAUUCUAGCUGCUUUAUAGGCAGGGGUAAGAGAGCUUGUGAAGCUGUUGGAGCACUUUAUAAAUCUUAUUUUAAAAGGGUACUCUGUGUCAAGAAGAAAAAAACAGUUUGGCAGCCUAAGAGAAGGCUGUACCAGGUGUAGCAAAAGCAUGAAAGAAGGAUUUAAAUAAAAGAGGAAUAAAGUAAAAAUUUAAAAGAUUUGCAAUAUGGGGAACAAACUGCAGUUCUCGUUGUGUUUCAGUUCUUUUCCCUUUAGGGAGAAACACAUUUCCUGGUGUUUUUAGUGCAGGGUUAAGAGAGUUUUCCUUUUCAGAAAAUAUUAUAGUAUAAGUUCAAGCUUUGUGUAUCCAAAGAAUACCAUGAUUGGGGGCAAACAGAAAUCCCAUGCCAGAUUGCUGACUUCGUAAGGUUCUUUAAUAAACGACCUGUUGAUAAGUAGAAAUAAUACAAAAGAACAGGAAGUUCCCAUCUAUCAAUCCUCUCAGCACAACAGGAAAUUGUCACCCAUAAAGCUCUGGAAGAGGUGUUUGUGCUGGCGCUGUUUUCCUUAAACUUCUUGGCGCGCUGUCCAAACAAAUGACAGGUGGACCGCUUUAGAAUUUUAUGUACUGAAAUUGAGGCCUCUAUAUUACUUUUAUUGUUUGCAUAAUCUCCAGACACUAGUACACUUAACCGCCUACAGGCAGGUCUGGGAAAAACUAUUGUGAAUUUUGAAUAUUUUGAUGGAGAGAAGUGACUUAUGCAUGAAGAAUAGACCAAUUUCAUGAAAAUGUUGGACAAAAUAUGUCAGUUAUUUUGAGUUGAAGUAUAAUUAGCUAAGUCCCUCAAGUUGAAGACACAUUUUCUGAGGCAAUUAAUGCACGACGGGGUGAGCUCCCAUUGUUCGGUCCCAGCUCCUGCCCACCUAGCAGUUCGAAAGCACGUCAAAGUACAAGUAGAUAAAUAGGUACUGCUCCGGCAGGAAGGUAAACGGUGUUUCCGUGCGCUGCUCUGGUUUGCCAGAAGCGGCUUAGUCAUGCUGGCCACAUGACCCAGAAGCUGUCUGUGGACAAACGCUGGCUCCCUCGGCCUAUAGAGCCAAAUGAGCGCCGCAACCCCAGAGUUGUCUGCGACUGGACCUAACGGUCAGGGGUACCUUUACCUUUACCUUUAUGUUCUGGAUACAUGGCCAACCUUCCUUCAGAGCCAGUAAGCAGUGUUUCUUAAUCGGUCAUGGAUAGGGCAAUCAGCAUCUUCCAAAGGUCAGUUGAUCUAUGCUUCCUGUGUAGUGCUUUUGAUUCAUUGUCCAGCUGAGCUAGUCCCAAACCUGUUUCUUCAUGAUAAAAGAAUGACAUAUAGACUGACCAUGGCCGGGUUUAUUAAUGCAGCUAUGGCUAUGGUGGAUGAACACCAAAGGUCUAACUAGUCUAGUAUUCUCCCUCCAGCAGCAGCCUGCCAGUUGCCAUUGCGGAGUUCAGAAGUGAAAGCUCUCCUCUUCUUUUACAGCACUUGGUAUUUGGUUCUAGGUGCCUUCUUACAGGGGCAUACAAUGGGUUCUUCAUUGUAGCCACUCCUGUCAUAGAAUCGUAAAGUUGGAAAGGACCCCAAGGGUCAUUUAGUGCAACCCCCUGUAAUUUGAAGCUUCAGGUGAGCAGUCCUGGAUUCAGCACCACAGUACAUUGGCAUAAAAGAGUUGUUCAAACAUUUGCUUGGUACUUCAAGGAGGUAGGAAAGCAGCAUACAUGAGUGCAAUUCAAAACCUAGAGAACCUUUAUUGUUGAUAGUUCAGUUCUGUGUCAGAAACAAGAAAAAUGGCAUAUGGCACUUCUGCAAGAGCAAAUUAAUAUUCAAGUCAGUUUGAAUUUGCUGUGUGUCAUGGUGAGUCAGCUUUCUUCAUCCCACUUGGACAUCAAUGUAUAAGAAUAAAAUAAAAAAUUACCUGCUGCUUGUUUUCCAUUUGCUGUUUUUUAGUAUUAUGAAGUGCUGGUGACAAAAGUUCUUCCACUUGUAAGAAAAGCUGAUGUUCAGUAUGAGUCAUGGCAGGAUUGGAAAACUACGAUAGCUGCCAAAAUGUUAAAAAAGAUAUUUUUCAUGUUCCCCUGUCACCUGGUGGAGGGAAAGGAAUAUUUGAUUGCUAAUGCUCUAUAAACAAGUGGUCUUUGUAGUUACAUUUGUUCAGCAAACACAGGGAGUUGCAGAUCUAUGUAGAAUUAGGAAAUGUGAAGAAGAGAUCUUGUGUGCUUCACUUUAUUGGUAAUAAGGAAACUGCAUUCUGAACUAAGUUAGCAGGGCUGUUUCCAUUGCUGUUCUUAAUACACUGCUUUCUAGUGUGAUGUUCUUCUCCCCGCAUAACAUGCUUUGGAGGUGGGUGGGUGGGUGUGGUAUCCUACUUACAAAAUAACCACUUUGUGAUUACUGAAUUGCUCUUUACAUCUUCAGAGCAGGCUUAGGUAACUGAGUUAGAGAUGUUUGGUGCUAGGUGAGCUCUGACAACAGCCCAGCACAUCCCCAUGGAGUUGGAGCCCUACAGCAUCUGCCACAAUCCACAUGAAGGGCCCAGCCAGUGUCUUGCCCUGCCUUGCCUUGCCUUUCUGCUGCUGCCUCUCAGCAAGAGCAACAUCUUCUCCAGCUGCAGCUGAGAUCUGUUUGUUUUUUUAAAUAAUAUUUAUUAAUUUUCCAACAGUUUAAACACAACAAAACAGAAAAACAAUACAGCAAUACAAUACAAUACAAAAACACCACAAAACACCAGCACAUAAGACUAACAAAACAAGACACAAACCAUUGCAGCUGAGAUCUGGCCCAGGUCUGUUUCACAGCCAGCCCCGAUCCCAGGCUGAGUUUCUCGAUUUUUAAUGUAGUAAUGUACCUGCAUCAUAAGCUGUAAUAUAGUACGAUGCUUAACAAAGGGAAAAACAACAGUUUGAACAUAAAUAUUUUACUAAAACAGUAUAAGGUAGCUUUCUGUGUUCCUAAUCCUAAGAGUGCCUGGACCAACCCAGCCAGAUGGGUGGGGUAUAAAUACAGUGGAACCUUGGUUGUCAAACAUAAGCUGUUCCGCAAGACGGUUCGACAACCGAGGCGCAAAGGGCAGUUGGCAAAGUCAAUUGAGAAACUGAAUAAAAUGCAGCAGAAGCUGUUAAAUGUCCAAAAAACGUUCAAAAUGGAAGCAAUUACUUUGGGGUUUUCGGUGUUCGGAAACCAAGGUACCACUGUGAUAAAAUUAUUAUUAUAACCAUGUUUAUUCUUAAGUCCCACCGUCUUCAUUGGGACUUAAUAUGUUAUCAGUGUGCAGAUGGCUAUGUUGACCACAUAGCUCUUCUCAGUACAGUACUUUAUGGACAAAGAAAAUUAUAUUAGUUGGCGGAUGCCGAUGACAGUGUUUCUCUACUGAUGACCUUCCAUAUUUAUUUGCUUUUAAGCUGUUUUGAAAAUGUAGCAAACUUGUAUUGGCCUUCAACAUGGUCAUAUUAAUACUGGAAGUCAGUCUCUCUGGGGGCAUACUCCCAGGCAAGUGUUCUUAGGACUGCAACCUUAUUUAUUUUUUAAACUAUUGUGGGCUAUACAAAACAAAAAUAGCAUAUUUAUAUGUAACUUAAUAUGCAAAAUAUUUUUUUCUUCAGUCUUCUGUGGGUGAGAGCCUUCAACGAGAAGCCUUGAAAAAGCAAGCAAUGAAACAAGUAAGUUGGCAAUAUGUGUACACACACACAUCUUGCUCCUUCGUUUCUGGUCUCAUUACACAAAUAUAUAUAUGGUGGUGGUUGUUAUACUGAUAUCAAUGUAUAUGGCAAUUUGCCCUGAAAUGUAUAGAAACAGAGAAUGCUCUCUCCUGAGGAACAUGCCACCUAAAUUAGAACAGGGUAAGGCCAGUAAAGGGACGCGGGUGGCGCUGUGGGUAAAACCUCAGUGCCUAGGGCUUGCCAAUUGCAUGGUCGGCGGUUCGAAUCCCCGCGGCGGGGUGAGCUCCCGUCUUUCGGUCCCAGCUCCUGCCCACCUAGCAGUUUGAAAGCACCCUUAAGUGCAAGUAGAUAAAUAGGUACCGCUUUCUAGCGGGAAGGUAAACGGCGUUUCCGUGUGCUGCGCUGGUGCUGGCUCGCCAGAGCAGCUUCGUCACGCUGGCCACGUGACCCGGAAGUGUCUCCGGACAGCGCUGGCCCCCAGCCUCUUAAGUGAGAUGGGUGCACAACCCUAGAGUCGGACACGACUGGCCCGUACGGGCAGGGGUACCUUUACCUUUACCUUUAAGGCCAGUAACCAUGACAGCAUGCUCCAUCUUAAAAUCUGACUUUCCACUCUCAUGCAUUGAGGUAAUGCUAGUGUUUCUGCCCCAACCCUCCAGUAAGAUUUUAGUAAAGCCUUCAAUGUAACAACUUGCCUGGUAGCCAUAGGCAAUCAGUAAUUCCAUUCAGGUAAGUAAGCAAUCUAGUAGAGGAGAGACAGAUCACUCUUGUCUCUCCUCCACAAAUCUGCUUGGUAGAAAGCACUUUUUUUUUUUACUAGCCUGCCAAGAGGCUGGCAGACCGCAGUUUCAUGUUUGUUGCAGAGGAGCGUGUUCUACAGCCUGCAUUGAAAUGCAGUCUAGCUUCUUAGCCAACAGUAGAAAAGAAAAGAAAUCCAGACCAGCAACUUUGGUAGGCUUAUUUACCUGGCUGUCCUACACCAGUGCAAAUGUUUAGAAAUAGGAGGUUAACACUGGCACCUGACAAGGCUAAUGGUUUUCCUAUAGGGCUGUCAACCAGUAUAUUUCACCAAGUUUUGGCAGCAAGUGUUAAAAAAAUUAGAGUGGCAGCUGUUCUUCUUUUCAUAAUAGUUUUUUAAAAAAAAUUAUAUUCGUGUAAUGUAUAAAUGAAUUAUUGGAUUAUUUUAUGUGAUUCAUCCUCAUAAUUUUACACACCAGCCCUGUCCUCUUGGCACUCGGUUUUGGAACUGCAACACUUUCCUUAUUAACAAUGACAUAAUUUAUAUCAAAGCUUGAAUUUUUAGUUUCCAUGACUUUGUUUGCGUAAUAAACAGUUCCGCUUUUAUACAACUCUGUUUUUCUUGGGUUUAUUUUGGCUAUGUCAAGUUGUUACAGAAAAACAACCCUGCUGCAAGCCUUGAAGCAGUUGCCAUAUAUCUACUCAUAGUUUACAAUGCACCAUUAAACGUGGAGACUAAUUUAGCAUCCACACUGUAAAAACCACCAGGAGAGGCAAAUUCCUUCUCUGACAUCAAAUAUAGGACUCCUUGACUGACUACUUGUGUAACUUUUGUUUCAGAAUGAAAGUCUUAAUACUAUGAGAAAACAAAAGGAACUUGUCCACUGUUUAGAUUUCCACCACACUUGGCUAAAUUGUGAUAGAGAGAAAAGACAUGGAGCCAGUAAUUUUUUCUAUAAUAGAAAUACUGGCCUUUGGGUUAUAUAAACACAGAAGAUGGUUUUGCAGAUUAUGAUGAGUAUGAGAGAUAACAUCUCUGUGGUUUGCACCUAGUGGAAACAUUCAUGGCCCCUUGGUUUCCUGUAGGGAAGGGAGAAGGCUUACUCAAUUGCUCCCUGGGGCUUCUGGGCAAGGUGGUAGAGUUAACUUAGACUCACACUUGGGUUUGCUACUGGGAAGAGGGGAAUGUUAUAGACUAGGCAUGCCCAAGAGGCGGAUCACGAUCUACUGGUAGAUCAUAGGGAGUUCCUGGUUGAUCUCUGGCCCCUCAGCGAUCUCCUUACAAAAAAACAAAAAACAACCCACAAUUUUGGCUUCCUAAAAAAAGCCUCCACAACUUUGGGUAGAUCACUGCCAAUCUUUUUACGACAAUGGGUAGAUCACUGCCAGUUUUUUUAUACUGUGAAUAGAUUGCAUACUAUUGGGAGUUGGACGUCCCUGUUAUAGACCUUACCUGUGUGUGCGUAAAAAUGAACACAUACUUCUCUGUAUAUAUAAUCAAUCAUAGUGUUUCUUUGGCCAGGGAGAGAAAGUGGGUUACAAUAACUAUGAAGAUUGUUCUCAUUUUGCUCAGGCACUAGUGUGAGCAGGAGCAACAAACCAUGAUCUCUGGGGUAGCAUUAUGUCCAACCCGCAGAAUGUGGUUUGUUGAUAGGAGAGAACAAACCAUGGUGCAACAUUGUGGAUUUUUUAGAGUGAAACAAACUGUGAUCCUUGGAUGUAACUCUAAGCCAGGCAAGAGUGUUUGUUACUGCUGCUGUCUAGAGGAGAGGAGCAAAGUGGGAACUUCUGUUUUUUUUUGGUAAACCAUAGUUUGCCAUUAGGGACGCGGGUGGCGCUGUGGGUUAAACCACAGAGCCUAGGACUUGCCGAUCAGAAGGUCGGCGGUUCGAAUCCCCGCGACGGGGUGAGCUCCCGUUGCUCGGUCCUUGCACCUGCCAACCUAGCAGUUCGAAAGCACGUCAGAGUGCAAGUAGAUAAAUAGGUACCACUCCGGCAGGAAGGUAAACGGCGUUUCCGUGCGCUGCUCUGGUUCGCCAGAAGCGGCUUAGUCCUGCUGGCCACAUGACCCGGAAGCUGUACGCCGGCUCCCUCGGCCAAUAAAGCGAGAUGAGCGCCGCAACCCCAGAGUUGGUCACGACUGGACCUAAUGGUCAGGGAUCUCUUUACCUUUACCUUUAGUUUGCCAUGAUGGACUAACACUACCAUUGUAUCAGCUUUCUAUUCCAGUGGCUGUCUGUCUCUGUCUUAUGUUUUUUCUGGCCCAAAGUCAGAGAGCACAUCCUCAACACAGGUAAAUAGUGAUGUGCUGCAUUUCCAGUCAGAGAGACACAGGGCCACAUGAUGGGGCUGUUAUUUUGGCUUUAAGAUUCUAGCACAAACUUCCAGAAUGGAGCACUGAGGGGUGAAUAAACAGCACAGGUCUUUGGAAGCAGAAGCUUGGCAGCAAGGAGGAGAAGACUUCUCUUGUAUAACCAUCUGGAAGGCUGCACUAGCGCCUUAAAUGUUUUUAAUAAAAGUCUCUUGUUUGCAGCUUCUGUCUUAACUGAGAUAAUUAUAGAUAAUACAUUGCUGGACUAGCUUCCUGGAAGACUCUAAUGAAAAUACCAUAACCUUUCUUUCCUUCCUUUUAAAGACCAAGCUUGAGAUCCAGAGGGCACUGGCGGAAGACUCCACAGUGUAUGAAUAUGACAAUAUUUACGACGACAUACAGCAAAAGAAGGCAGAAAGUCAUGCCAGCGCACUUGCAGGGAAAGGGGAAAAAAAGGUCCAUACCUGGAAAUGAGUAUGAUGUCUGUCUUUGCCUCUCUACACUAGGGAUGUUUGGGGUGGUGAAGACCUCCAGCUGUGGGUGGGAAGAGGCCAAGAGGGAUGUGAAGCCACUGAGGGGAAGGGAAUCAAAGGUUAACACUCCCUGCACAUCAUGGAAAAUUCAGGAGUGGGAUCUGCUGAUGCUGCUAUUUAUCAUUCAAGUGACACUUUUUUAUUCUUACAAACUGCAUCACCUCUUUCAAGUUUACCUUCAACUGUCAUGUGGGAUGGGCCCCUAUUCCUACUUCAAAAAUGGAGAACUGAGGGCUAAAAAAUGGAGAACUGAGAAUUAUCUUUUGCAAGCCUUGGGGUUUAAGUGUAGCAUCACAAGUAGGAUUGGUGGCAAGCACAGAUUUCACCUGGCUACUGAUACCAAGCAGAUUUUGUGGGCCUCUGCUCAAUAACUUUGCCUUGGUACUGAUGACAGCUCAGAGGGGCAGCAGUAGCUUCUGUAAAAUGUAUGCCACAAUAUUCACAGCAUCUUCGAUUUAUUUGCCACAGGUAAUCUCAGUCUUCUUCCAUUUCUUCAUUGCUGUUUGUCUUUGCAGCCCAAGUACAUCCAAAAUAUUCUCAAGGCGGCUGAGCUAAGGAAGAAGGAGCAGGAAAAGAGAAUGGAGAAGAAGAUUCAGAAAGAACGUGAACUGGAAGGUGGCGCGUUUGAUGACAAAGAAGCCUUUGUAACAUCGGCCUACAAGAAGAAACUGCAAGAAAGAGCUGAGGAGGAAGAAAGAGAGAAGAGGGAGGCAGCAAUUGAGGGUGAGGAAGAUGACCAGGGUGCUGAUAGAUUGCUCUCAUGGGUGCUAGGAACCAAAUUGUCAAGACUCUGAACUCACAGUAGCCUAAAUGACCUUUAAGUAGGAAUCAUCUGGUAGAUUUGGUUGUGUUCCUUUACACAUUGUCUCCUUGAGGAGGUGUCAAGAUGGGAAGUCUUUUUUGUUCCCGGCUUGUUCCUUUGGUUUGGGAUAAUGUGCGGCUUGUGAAGUAAGCUGGGGGGAGAGAGACAUUUGCUUAAAGAAAACUCGGGUUUGUAUGGAAAUCUCCCCUCUUCAAAGCAAACACUUAGCCACUGUACAGCACUGUAUCACAAUAUCAUUUUCACAGCACAAGAAGUGUGUGUGGUUUUUAAGAAUUGCCAUAUUGGGUUUCUUUUUUGGACUGCAUGUAUGCAUACCAGUGAUCAGCAGUUGGAUUAUUCUGAAAUGCUCCCUUCAUGUCUCUUUGAAGAGGGAACCACAGCUGCUUAUACUCCCUAGUGCUCAAGAGAUGGGAGAUAGGUGGCAAUUGAUGAGACCCUCAAACUCCAUCCCUGCCGCAUCCCCAGUUUUAGCCACACCAUUCUCUCCUCAAUAACUUUCUAAAAACAGUAGCUAAGGAAGCUGUUCCCCACCGUCACUGCCCCUAUAAUCUGAGUACUGUGUACAACCCCUGCUUUGUUCCAGAUAUUCCAGGCAAUGUGGGCAAUUGCAAUGAAGCUUUUAUUCUCAGCUGCUCUAUUGAUAAAUAAUAAUAAUAAUUCCUAAUUUUAUGUUCUCCUUCCCUUUUUUCAGCAUGUUUGGAUGUGACCAAGCAGAAGGAUCUCAGUGGCUUUUACAGGCACCUACUAAACCAGGCAGUGGGGGAAGAGGAGAUGCCCAAAUGCAGCCUUCGGGAGGCCAGGUAAGGUUGAAAUGCAGAAAAAUCAGCUUCUCUGGCAGUCGCAGUUUCAGCAUCUCCUUGAUGGCUUUGAGCUUAAUGGAGCCAGAGUUUGGUCCUAGUUAGCAAUCCUUAGCUCAGAAUGGAGAAUUUCAUUCUAACCAGAGUGUGCAUGGUGUUUGAUAACCAUAAAGAAGGGACUGGAUUUUUGCUCCACUCUUGGGUGGGAUGGCAGUCGGAGGUCAAGUGGGUGCCUCCUCUCUCUCUGGAUGAAUGAGGAAAGGUUUCCUUACAGAUGAUGUGAUGUGACUAUAGUGGGCAGCAGCCUAGGCUGGCUUAUUGGCAUCAAGCCAAGACAUCUGUGACCUGCAAGGUGAUCCUUCAAUAAUAAUAUAUGGAGGGUAAUUAAACUACUGUUCUCUUCCACCAGGGUGGCAAUGUGGCUUUGGGAUGUUACCAGGGAGACAUGGAAGGCUGUCUCCUUCCUGUUUUUGUACACAUUUUUAAUUGCAUGAUGCUAUACUUGUUCCCAUUUGCGUCUGUUUUUAUUGUUCAUUUGGUGCUCUCUUUUAGUUGUUUUUAAAUGUUUCAUAUUUGCUCUGUGCAUCACUGUGGUUGCCUUUUCUUUCUUUUUUUACGAAAAAAGAAACUUUUUUUUAAACAAAGGGAGAAGUUUUUUCAGACAUAGGCAGAGUCCAUAAUACAUUCUAGAAGAAAACCAGCUAUAAAAUGCUGGCACCUUAGCAUGUUUCUUAAUGUCCCCUGACAAACAGUCUCUCUGUGUGUGCAUGUGUCCUUUUCCAAGCAAGCUAUAGAAACAGCAGCGCCACUAGUGACUUUCAGAUCUCAGUCUGGUUUUACCUUCCCUUAGCCAACGUCCACUCUUAAUUCGAAAGGCAUGUUCAAAAUCAUCACCAUCAUUAUUAUUUGCAUUUAUUAAUCACUUACUACAUAAAUUGUCUUAAAGUGACUUAGAAUUACAUAAGCUUUUACCCAGUUGAUGUAUAUGUGGCAGAAUUUUGCUUUUCUGGGUGAAGAAUUUGGAUUGUUUGGACAGGUAAUUUUAGUGAAGUAAACAGUGUGGGUUAUAUCCUUAAGUGUUAGCUUCCUUAUUAACUACCCAAGACUGAAACAUUGUAACUUCCCUGGUCCUAUCAGUUUGAUAGCUAUAAUUAUACUAUCAGCUGUUACCACCUUGUUUUGUCUUGUGUUAAUCUUUCCAGAAGAGGAAUAUCUCUUGAAUGUAUGUAUGGAAACAUGAUAAGGCUGUCCUGAUCAGCAAAAUACAAAUGUCUCAUAGUGUUACAGAUGCUGUCACUGGGGCAUUUGGAGCAUAUCUGUCACUAAAGACAAUGUCAUCUCAUUUUCCCUCUUUGGAGGACUAUUUUGCAAUAGUGUAGUCAUCCUUUAUAAGGAAGUAGUAUUCUCCUUUUCUGGUAAAUGGAAAAUCUUGCAGCUCUUGUUUCAUUAAUACUAAUAAAUGUUCACAGCUUAUUUGUGCUAAUUUGGAGAAAAUCCAAAGUCCGAGUCAUAUUUACGGGUGUUAAAGUACUUGCCAGUCAGAGCUUACAACAUGGAUUGAUGAAUCAUUGGGUCCGAACCCUACUCCAGUAUGUGAUGAGAUCACGUGAUGUGAACCAAACAAGUUCAGGUAUAGAUGACAGAAAAACAGGUGGUGAUAAAUACUGCCUGAGAGUGUGUGCCUGUUAUGCCUCCUGGCUUUGCCAACCAUUCAUUACAGAUGGCAGCCAUGAUGACUGCUACAUGUUCUGCCCAUCACUUCCAGUAGGCAAAAUGAGUGCACACCAAAGUGAGUUUUGUCUGAUUCCACUUGCAGUCUGUAGUGAGGGACAACUGAUAAGGAACCCAUAUUAAAUCCCUCCAACUAGGAAUGCUGUUGGUACCUUGUUUAACACAAAUCAGGAGUUGAACAUUUGAUACACACAUUCUGGAUGAGAGAUUAAUAUUUAGCCAUGCAUGCCACAUGUUUUAAUUAUGCAUUGUUAGUUUCAAGUAGCAGCCAGAAAGUUUUUUUGGAAGCACCCAAACACGGCAUUAAAAUAAUGGCCAGCACCAUUUAUUGUCCCCAGUGCCUGGUGUUCAGAGGUGGUAUACUCUCAAGGAUCAUGGAGUUUCUGUUUCUUGUUGUGAAAUAAAUGCGGUAAACUUGCAGUUUUCUACAAAUUCUUGACAUGAAAACAUGCUUAUCUUAGAAAUGUGGGUGUAUGCUUUGGAGGAUAAGAUGAUGCUAGGUUGUUCUGAGUUGGCAGGGAGUGAAUUUUAUUUUGUGUCUUAAAAAAAUGUAGGAUAAAGGAAGAAGAACCCAGUGGGAAUUCCUGUGACUCCAAGCAAAUAAGCAAAAACCUGGAUGAGAGGACAAGUUCCCACAUUCCUCUAAAAGCAGAAGAUAACCCAGAUGCAGACAGUGACUUGGAAAUGGAUACUAGUGAUGAGGAGAACAGUGCUAAAGCACACACAAACAGCGGAACUGGCAACAAAAAGGAGAGUAGGCAAGGCCACUCUGACCGUAGUGGGGAGAGUUCCAGGCAUCACAGGAGCCGAAGGGACUCAAGGUCAUCCAGCGAGGAGAGAAGCUGCCAUCAAAAGGUGCCUUCAAGUCAUCCAGAGAAAGAGGAGGGUGGGGGAAGGAAGGAAAAAAGUGGGCAGCACAGGGAAAAGGAACGCGAGAGAAGACACAAAGACCAUGAAAAAGAGGAGCGCUCUAGACCCGAGAACCAUCAUAGGAGACGGGAAGAACAGGAUGAGAAGCAGAGGAGAAAAGACAAGAAAGAGAGGGAUGAUUAUGAUAGAGAUCUGAAGAUGUGGAGAGACAGAGAGGAAAGGUAUUUUGAGUGGGAACAGCAAGAGAAAGAGAGGCACAAAGAGAGGCACAGGGAUAGGGAAAGGGACAAAGGGACACAGGAACACAAAGAGGAGAAGCAAAGGAAAAGUAGUAGCCCUGGGCCCUUGGCAAAAGAUUGCCAUCGGGCUCCAGAAAGUGAUAGUAGGGGAGAAAACCCCCCCAACUCUGAGAGAUCAUUAGAAUUGAAGCACAGGACUUCAGGGGUGGGAGCAGAGGAAGCAGAGAAACCUCCAGAGAGCCAGAGCAAAUUUGCAAAGCGUAGUAACGAGGAGACAGUGAUGUCAGCAAGAGACCGCUACCUGGCUCGGCAGAUGGCCCGUGUGGGCACCAAGUCUUACAUAGAAAAAGAAGAGGAUUAGGUUUCAUUUCAGGAGGAGCAUAUCAGGAAGGUGACACGUGCUUAUCGCUGGUGGGAAUACCAAGGCAGGAGGGAAUUGUAUACAGGAAUUGAAGUACAGUAGCUUCAGGUCAUUCAUUUUAAGAGGAUUUUAAAAAAGGGUAUCCUUUUCUGCAGGAGAAAUGGAUAGAGAGGUAUGACUUUUGGACACAGAGUGUAUAGCUUGAUAUGGGUCUGUUCACACUGACAAUCUGCACCUCAGUACCUGCUUAUGCUCCGUGCCUUUUCAAUGCAGUGAGCUCCAGCCUGUGGUUAAUAGCCUCACAGAGGUUUCCUUUAGAUCAUGAGCGGGAAGCCUGUAACUCUCUAGAUAUUGCUGGACUACAGCUCCCAUCACCCUUGGUCCUGUUGGCUGCUGGGGAUUGGAGCCCAACAACAUCUGGAGGGCCACAGGGUCCUCAUCCCUGCUCUAGAGCCUGCUGUCCAGCCUCAGGUACUAGGGGAAAAUAAGUGUGAAAACCAAACUUAAUGAGGAAUACAAAUAAGCAAAAAUUAUUAUUGUUUUGUUUUAUUUUUUAAAAAAACACCACCACCACCAUUUAGUUCCACUGUGAACUUAAAUGUGGGGAGUCUUUGUUUGGAGUUUUGAUAAUUCUUCUGUGCAGAAACAUUGAAAUAAAAUGAAAGAUGUGAAUCUUACGCUGCCCUUGACACUGUUUUGUGUUUGUGUUACUUCUUAGUCGCACCCUUCAAGCAUGAUAAAGUGACAUAUACGUAAGGGAGAGAGAGAGUCAGCAGUGGCAGUCAUAUGCUUGGCAGGGGAAGUUCCUCACACACAGGCUGUUGUGUGUGAAGGCUCUGGAUCAGGCCCUGUGUGUUAUAAGACGCCAAGGUUUUAUAAAGCUGUCAUAAAAGACACUCCUACCUUUAGCUUGGCAAAGUGAGAACUUUGGCAGAGGGAAUGUUUUCAUAAUAUAUUUUCAACAAAACCCUUGGAAGCACUCGUCCUUCUUACCUCACCUCCCGGUAACCUCCUCUUCUAACAGUGAUGCAUCAGCACCAAAUUAUUUUGGAAGUUUGAAGUUAAAAAAAGAAGAAGAAAAAUUCGGAUCACUAUUGUUACUUUUACUACGCUGCUUAUGAUUGAGAAAUCAGUUUUGGGGAUUAUUAACUCCCUCAGUUGCUACGACCCUACAGUGCAGGUUUGAGGGCUUUGGGGGUAUUGUGUGCUGUUGUUUACCUUGCUGAAUUAAGUCUUAAUUUCUUGCAAGCCUUUUGUUUUGAAGCAUCAUGUGUUUUUUAUCCUGUGUCCUGGGAAGCCACCGGGAAGGAAGUUUGUAUCUUGCUGUUGUUAUGGAGACCAUAGUGAUGGUGUCUUUGCCAACUCCAGAAAUAGAGAUGUGCUUUCCUAGUGCUUUGCGAGCGUGUUUUCUCUCUUCCCCUCUUCCGAGUUUUUAAGGAGGGAAACAACAAGGACUGUGUCACUGAUAAUGUCACAAGAUCGUCUUUCUGUUUAGAUUUCGGCAAACACCAGUUCUUAUUUGUGCCUGAUAUGUCUUAGGCACUAAUGAGCUUUUUCUACCUCUAGGGUUUUUACUUGGGGCAUUUUUUCAAUAAAUUUUAAAAGAGGCAAACUAUCUUACAAAUGUAGCGAGUUUGCUAAAAUAAGGUCCAAUGCAGUUGUGUUUUCCUGCCUUCCAGCAUAAUUUAUAGACUGAUCUUUCUGUAUUUUACAUGUUGUGAGCCACUUUUUUAUAGCUUAUGAAAGGGUAGACGAUGGUGAUUUAAUGUGUUUAUAUUGUGCGUUUCUUCCAAGUUGGGAUUCAAGGCGGCUUACAGCAUUUAAAAAGCAUUGUUUUAAAAUACAAAGUAAUAAAAACAAACUGGUUGAAAACAAUAGUUGAAAUACAGUAACACACGUUUAGAACCAGAUUUAAAAUAUCAGUUGUCCUGAUAGACCAGUUAUCAACAUCAUCUGCACCUAGCUUUCAAAGGUCUGUCUAAAUAGGAAGGUCUUAGCCUGCUGGCAGAAAAAAGGAGGGAGCCAGUCAAACCUCUCUUAGGAGAGAAUUCCACAAUACAGAGGAACCACAGAAAAGGCUAUGCAACUCCACUAGGAGGAAAGGUUACAAUAUUUGGGGCUUUUUAAUUAAGAAAAAAUGUGAGUAAGGGGUGAUGGUGGACAUGACAGAGGUGUAUAAAAUUAUGUGUGGUGUGGAGAAAGCGGAUAGAAGCUCCCGCCCCCCUUUCAUAAUACUAGAACCUAGUAACGCAGGGAUGGGCAAUAUGUGACCCUAUAGAUACUGUUGGACUCGAUUCCCAUCAGCCCAUGCCAGCAAGGACAAAGGAUAGAGAUGAUAGUGAUUGUAGUCCAGCAACACAUGAAGGGCCACAAGUUCCCUAUUCCUGAUCUACAUCAACUCACUCAUUUUGAUGAAGAUGUUUUCCUGCCAUAAAUAUUUUAAUUUUAAUAAAUUGCUUCCCACCAGACAGAGGGGGAUACAACUGUCAUUUUAUUAUGAUAUUAAAUUUAUUACAGUAACAGUUUACAUCGCAAGGCACAUACUGAUGACAUACAAUCCAGCUUGGGACAUUCAAUAUAACCAAAGCAGCAGCAGCAUAAAUUAAUACAGGUGCAUUUAUAUACAAGUUAAGAGAGGAAUGCUUUAGUUUUGUAAAAUAAAACUCCAGUUUUAAUUUCUCCAUACAAAAAGGUAAACAUGGUCCCAAUUCACACAGUUGCCUAAAUAAGCGCCCAAGCCAAACUCUUGCGCAGGUCCCAAUUGUUUUAAUGUGGCCUGUGCAGCAGAAACACUUGGUGGGUUACUUCCAUGUACCAGAAAUUGAUUUAAUACUGUUUUCUUUGGAACAAUUAAUGACUCCGUGGGUAGGUGUGUUCAGAACAGCAGCAUCUGUCAAAAGGCCUAAUAAAUUGUAAUCUCAGCACUGUGUUUGUUUAGUGUAGCUCAGUCUUCCAGCUAGUUACACCUGUUGUUUUUGCAACAGCAGUAAACAUACAAGUUUAGUGCCUCUGCCAGCUUUCUAAGUUUGGAGUUCAGCGCUCAUAAAAGAGGCUUUCAAAAGUGAGAGCCUCACUUGUCACUGCCUUCCAUGUCUCCCGAUGCAGAGCUGCAGUGGAGCACAGCUCCUAUAGAGUGGUUGCAUAUAAUGAACAGCUCUGUGCCCACUCCAUUAAAAAAAAAAACCCAGUUAGGACACUUCUUAAUAAGUAGUCCUCUAUGUGUGGCUACACUAGGCUAUGGGAAUAUUUGCUCCCUGAAUGCAUUAGACUGCUAUAACGAGCACAUAGCGCUAUAGGUAAAAAGAUACACCUGUAUGGUGGCAAAAAUGCAUUCCUGUACACUUGCACCUGGAGUGGUGGGUGGGUGAACAGCUGGGGGAGCAAUGCAGGUGGUGAACCCCAGCAUACAUUUGAACACCAAUGUAGUGUGGCAAGGUGACGAUUUAACAGUCUUCCGAAAUGUCUUGCAGCAGGUGGCAGUGAGCAGACCACUCCACCCCACAGCCAGCACUGGAUGGCUUCACCACCUCAGCUGAGAUUGAGCCCCUUCUUAGGACCAGGUACAGAAUUAGCAGGGUCAUGUGGUGCAGUUGUUGCAGGUCUGUACCACUUCGGUGUAGGUUUCAUGUCUGAAUGCUCCUCUGUUUAUCUAAAGCACAUAAUCCCUGCAUAUAGAUAGCUUAUCAGAUAAAAGGGUCUUUCUUUCUCUUCUGAUAUGCUAUUUUUUUUGAGAUACCUAGUGGGGGUCGUCCCCCCCAAAAUCUUUACAGGUAGAUACACUUUCCUUCCUUCCUUCUGCAGCAAGUCUAGCAGAACUCCAGAAGACCCGCAGUUCUAUACAAGCUCAAUACUUGCAUAGGGGGGUUCAGUAACGUCUCUCUUCCAGGUGUUGAGCAGAGGCCCCAUUCAAACCAUGAAACUUUGUCUGCAUAUUAAUUUUGUAAAAUGCAUUGGGUUGGGCUGGGUGAGUUCCCAUAUUUCUUCAGCUAGGUUGAAAACAGUGAGGUCCCUAGAAGCAUAUACAACAGGUUCUAUUACAGAGGAUCACAUUGAGAGUGAUAACAGGUGUGUUGGCACAGACAGAUGGGUUCUAAAUAUAAUCCUAAAUCGCGACAGUUGUCCUGACAAGAGGCUUGAGUAAACCAUGCAUGCAUUCAGAUGGCCCCUUGCCCCACCCACCAUGGAUGGAGUAACGGAUACUCAUUCACACUUGAGCACAUCCUCAUGUUUCCAAAACAAAAAAACCAGUGCAGUGAAUCGAAACUCAGAAGAGAGCCUGGUGCUAAGGAGUGCAGCCAGUCUUUAGUUUCAGACGAUCGGCGGCCCUAAUCUUUUGUCACCACACUUCUGCCUCUUGUCACAAACAUACUUCUCAGUGGAAAUUCAGUUCUUUGGGAAGGAGCUUCAAAGCAACAAGAGAGUCAAGGAGCUAGUGAAGCCCCCUCCCCCCCUCCCACUAACAGCUGUUUAGGCAGCAUUCAUACAGAUGUCACCAAAGGGAAUCUCUGUGGCUGUUUCUGGAGUAAUGCUUUUUAGAAUACGCUGUGGAGGAAGGAGAAAAGAAACAGAAUGUUAGGGAGAUAGCAGGAAACUGGUUUCAGGUGGGACAAGAGCAUAUCCAAGGAGCAAAGGGUGCCACUGGCGGAGGCUGGUCCACUUGGGGAAAUAGGGCACUGCCCCACCAACCUCGGUCUGUUCUCAGCCAGCCUUCUUAAAACCAGUCCAGGGGAUGGAGCUGUGUGACAGCUUCCUGAUCCUCCUCUGUCUCAGUGUUGCCUCUUGUAGAACUCAGUAGGGAGCAAGGGGACAAAAUAUGAGUUAGUUGCCUCUGCCUGCCAUCGGCUCUGGCUGCACCUACUGCUGGGCUCCCUGCCUUCCAAUCCCAGUGGGCACAAGAACAGGAAUUUACAGAGCAAAUGGCUUCAGAUGACUGAUGCCGUGAGCCAGACUUUUUCUAUAUUGGCCCAUGUAUCCAAGAUCACCCAUAUUUUUUCUAGGCUGUUUUGGCUGUUUUGCCCACAACUAAGUUUUCUUCUCAGAGCUGACACAUUGAAAAUAAUGGACCAAGGUUAGUCAUGCCCAUUAAUUUCAAGCAGUCUGUUCUGGAGUAUGACUCGCAUAGGAUACAAUUCCUGUGUUUGCCAUAUGAUAGAUGUUCAGAGACAUAACAGGAGAUGUUAGAAUAUCCCACCAGGCAGGGCAAGAACUAAAAGAUGACGUUGGAAAAUGCCCAGACGAAGCACUGAGCUUGCCAUGAAUGUUUAUUCGAUGCCGGCUGUGCUGAGAAGAGUUACUCCUUCCACUCAAUCCACAGGCAGGGCCACAUUGCUCAGUGCAGUCCUAUAAGUUUCCAUUGGAGGAAACCCCACCCGCUUUCAGUUUAUAAUCAAGCAGGGACAAUGUGCCCCGGUCUACAUCGCUUAUCUUUAAAACUCACUAACUGUAAAGAAACAGUUUUUUAAAAGAAAAGAUGAGGAAGUGGUAGAGCAGCCUUCAUUGACUUGGUACCCUCCACGUGUUGUUGGACUGCAGUUCUCAUAAUCCCUGACCACCAGUCAUCUUGGCUGGGUCUCAUAGGAACAACAACAUCUGGGGGGCAGCAGGUUGGUGAAGACUGAGAUAUAGAGUUGGAUCUAGAGCAGAGCUUUCCAAACUGUGGGUCGCGACACAUUAGUGUGUUGGCUGCAGUGUGUAGCACAAAUGUUCCAUGUGCUCCUCCUGGGUUUGCUAGUAAAACUGAAUUACAGUG